ACUUAGCUAGCAUGCCAACAUGGCUGGUAUGCUUAGGCUAGGUGUCAGACAGUCAGGUUUGACUAUGAGUGCCGAAAUCAAAGUAAAACGAGUGUCCUCGAGGAAGAGGUCCAGAGAUGGGCUCAGAAGUCAUCUCACGCCCGUAAGGAAAAUACCCAGUUCUUCUGGACAACAAUGUCCUGACAGCAGCACAGCUGAAAUGGAGCAUCCCAGGGCUAUGGACCAAUCUAUGCAUGCAAAGUUCAGUGAGGUGGGUAGCUAACUAACACCACAAUGUUUGUGGUCUGAUCAUAUAUUGUCUAGUAGUGCGUUACACAUGUAUUAACUGUUUUAAAUGUAUUUUGCAGUACUGCAGUGACACUGAGGAUUUAUUUGGGGACUAUGACAGCAUUGUAGGCGACAGCUCUUUCCUGGCCAAGCUGGAUAGAGAGGAGCAGAACAUGAGACGUCAUGACAUUGACCAUGCAACCAGCAACCGAUGCCCUGUGGUUCUGCAGCAUGAAAACCCUGACUUCACCUCACUGAAGUCUUCAACUGACAAGUGUCUGAAAAAAUCACGAGAUUACUCAAUGACAGACUCAAACCUGGAGGGCUUCAGUGAUUACUUUUUCAGAGACAUGCCAAGCUCACAGCUCGCCUUUCAACAGGACGCUCUCCAAACAGCAGAGUGGAUCUGCUGUCCAGAUGGGGACAAAACGUCCAAGCCUAUGAGACGUCCUGAGUCUGUCAGCACUGAAGAUGGAAAUGAGAGGCACAAUGCAGGUGUGGUCCCCAAGGCAAGGAAGAGCAUGUCAGAUCAUCUGAAGAGAGCCAUGCUGGUUAAUGCAGCAGCUCCUUCUAGUGUCUCACGGACUGCAGUGCAGAAGGAGGCCGUAGUUACAGAGAUCAGUGUUGCCAUGCAGGCUAUGGAAUCUGUCUCCAUGGAGACAAUGGACCUUGAGCCUUUCUUCGGUCUUCCCACCAAAGUGAAGGCGCUGAUAUGUAAUCUCAAAGGAAUCAAAGAUUUAUAUGGUGAAUAGCUUUCUACCCCUUUUCCCUGUCUAAUGCAUGUCCUCACUAUAGUUCUGCGUCAACUUUACCAUGUCUAUGUUUUAAAAGUGUGUGGUUGUCUUGAAUAAUUGGAUCUCUUGCCCUGCUUCAUAUUACAGAGGAGCAUUAUCAAUGCUCUCUUCUAUUUCAGAAUGGCAGAAGAACUGUCUAAACCUGGACUCAGUUCAGCAGAGGAAAAACCUCAUCUACUCUCUGCCCACCAGUGGUGGGAAGACUCUGGUGGCUGAGAUUCUCAUCCUCAAAGAGCUUCUGUGCAGAGAGAGGGAUGCCCUUUUCAUCCUACCCUACAUAUCUCUAGUGCAGGAGAAGGUAUUGUGGUCAUUAUAUUACGUUUACAAAAUGUCUAUAAUUCCCCUUUCAUCCAACUACACAGACAUUUUUGUAUUCAAGGCCACAUUUGGGUUAGGAAAUUGUCACAAAACUCAUGUCAAUGGCAAAUCUGAGCACUGUAUUGCAUGCAUUUCAAGGUUCGAGGGUUGGCCAGUUUUGGCCUGGAGCUGGACUUCAUGGUGGAGGAGUAUGCUGGCAAUAAGGGCAGGUUCCCUCCAGUGAAGAGAAGGGGCAAGAGGUCCCUGUACAUUGCCACCAUAGAGAAGGCCCACAGCCUGGUCAACUCCCUCAUAGAGGCCAACAGACUGGACAAUGUGGGGCUGGUGGUUGUGGACGAGGUAUGCAAAUAUCUUAUUAUGUAAACAUCUAAGACAUUAUCAUUGGCAAAUAUAGAAUAGCCACUCACUAAACACAAAAAAUUAAUCCUCUGAUGCUCUGAUUGUGUAUUUGAUGCAAUCAAUUAUACUGUACAGUAGUAUCAAAUGUUUCCUCGAUCUCUGUUUUUAUUAGCUCCACAUGUUGGGUGAUGGUAGCAGAGGAGCUAUCAUUGAGAUGACUCUAGCCAAGGUGCUCUAUAUCAGUAGUAAGUGUGACUGCUAUUCUUACACUCAUCAUGUUCAUGGAGAUUGGAGAUCUUUUGAAAAAUUUAUUUUCUUUACACAGAGUCAACUCAGAUCAUUGGAAUGAGUGCUACUCUGGGCAAUGUCCAAGAUCUUCAGAGGUUUCUGAGCGCAGAUAACUACACUAAUGACUUCAGACCGGUAUGUAAUUUCCUAACCAUAGGCUUGAUAUACGCAAUGCUAUGUUGUAUGUGGACUCUCACAAACAAGAAGUAGGCAUAUCACAGAGGAUCAAAUGUUACCACAGAGGAUCAAAUGUUGAUCCUCUGUGGUAUGCCUACUUCUUGUUUGUGAGAGUCCACAUACAACAUGUAAAUCACCAACAUAUUCUUUGAAACCUUAGUUAAAACGUAUACAAGUUAGACUGCGGGUUGUGCACUCCUUUGUCUCUGUGAUUGUAGGCCACUGAUAGCCAUGGUGUUUCUGUUCCAGGUCGAGCUGAAGGAGUAUGUUAAACUGAAGGACAGCAUAUACGAGGUGGACCCCAAGGAGGAGGAGUGCUUCAGGUUCUCUCGGCUCCUAAACUUUAAGGUAUAUUCAUUUUAUUUUGAAGAGCCAUCAUAUUUUAUAUUUAAGUAACAAGGCCCGAGGGGGGUGUGGUGUAUGGCCAAUAUGCUGUUCUUAAGAACGACACAACGCUGAGUGCCUGGAUACAGCCUUUAGCCGUGGUAUAUUGGUAAUAUACCACAAACACAGAGGUGCCUUAUUGCUAUUAUAAACUGGUUACCAACUUAAUUAGAGCAGUAAAAAUAAAUGUUUUGUCAUAUCCGUGGUAUAUGGUCUGAUAUCCCACGGCUUUCAGCCAAUCAGCAUUCAGGGCUCUAACCACCCAUUUUAUAAUUAAAUAUAUACUAGGCUCCAGUACCAGGCAGUCGGCUGUUGAAGCCUGACACACAUUGUAUUUGAAGUCUUAACACCUGACUAAUCCUUCUGUUUUCCAGUACUCCAGUGCAAUGCAGAAGAUCGAUCAGGAUCAUAUUGUUGCCUUGGUGACUGAGGUCAUUCCAAGCCAGUCGUGCCUUGUCUUCUGUCCCACCAAGAAGAAUUGUGAGAACGUGGCUGGGAUGAUCUGCAAAUACCUGAAACAGUAAGAGGACAUAUCUUUGUAUUCCUCCUCUCUGUAUUCCAAAUCAUGGUAAGCCUGUACAGUGGCUGUGAUUGUGUGGCUUGUGAUUGAUCCAACAUGCCACUUCUUCUUGAAUUCUCCAGGGACUUUAUCCAGCACAAGCAGGCAGAGAAGGCUGUGUUGUUGGGGGAUCUGAGGAGCAGUGGGAACGGCUCCCUGUGUCCGGUGCUCAAGAAGAUGGUGCCGUACGGCCUGGCCUACCACCACAGUGGGUUGACCAGCGAGGAGAGGAAGCUGGUGGAAGAGGCUUACUCUGCUGGGGUUCUGUGUCUCCUCACCUGCACCUCCACGCUGGCUGCAGGGAUCAACCUACCUGCUCGGAGGUAAGCGAAAGCAAAUAAGCGUAACCUGUCUCAGACUACUUUACUGCUACUAAGGCUACUAGGAACAGCUGUUCUCACAUGAGACAUGUUAUAACAUAAGUUGCAUCUCUGUAUUAGAUAAUGACAGUUCUUAUAGACGUAAUUGGAUCCAUCAUUGUGUGUUUGAACCAGGGUGAUUCUGCGUUCUCCGUACAUGGCGGUAGACUUCCUGAAGAGGAGCCAGUACAAGCAGAUGGUGGGGAGGGCUGGACGGGCUGGGAUAGACACUCAUGGAGAGAGCAUCCUCAUCCUACAGGACAAAGACAAAGUCAUGGUAAAGAGCAACAACAGUAAACCUGUGCAUGUAGUACUAUGUAAUGACAUCAGGUCCUUAUGUUUGCACGUUCUGACAUUUUAUAGCAGACUCAUCUAAUGCAUUGGUCCUGUCCACCUUUUUGUAUUUUCAGGUCAAAAAGCUUGUGUCUGCACCAAUAGAGAUCUGUAAAAGCAACCUAAUGCAUGAUAACGGAAAGGGUAUCCUGAGUCUCAUCCUAUCCAUCAUUGGAUUAAAUGUGAGCACUUCUGAAGAAUAUCCAUAAGUGAAUUCCAGAAAAAUCCAGUUUCCUUUUUUGAUGGAUAUUUUUAGAAAAUAACUUGGUCUUAAUGAAUGAUUUGAUGAUAUGGUUUUUAUGUUUCUUUUCUUUGUCUCCCUUCAGAUCACGAACAGUUUAGAGCAGGUCAGGGACUUCAUGGAUGGCACAUUGCUGUCUGUCCAGGAGAAACAGGUGUGCUUGGAGAGGAGCCUGUGGGAGGUGACACAGGAGUGUGUUGAGCUGUUGAAAGUGAAAGGCCUCAUCACUGUGUCCACAGAGCCACAUGAUGGGACUCUGCAUGUCACCAAGCUAGGAAGAGCUACUUACAAAGGUGAACUACUCUCAAACACUCCAGAGCAGGUGUUAAUUCCAUUUCUAUUCCCAUAGGACAUUGCUAGCUAGCUAGCUGCGCUAAUGUUGCUAUUUUGUAGAAAGCCCUUGUUGAUACUAGCCAGAUUGCCACAGCAAUGUCAAUACUAGCUACAGUGGUUAGCUAGCUUGGAGGAAGUAUUUAGUGCUGCGUGCAUUGCAUCUGUGCAUUUAGCUAGCUACCAUCCCAUAGCCUACAUUGCAUAUGAAGUGUGACUGGCUCAUCCAUGGAUGUAUGGAGAAAAUGCCCUCUUUUUUUUCCUUUUUGUUGUCACUCCUAUUGGCUCCCCCACGUGGGGGUUCGUGCUCUCGUAUUGGCUCAAAGUCAAGUUGUUGGCCAUUGACGAGCAUUGCGAUUCUACAAGUAGAAACGGUAUGUUCGUCACUACCUGGUCGGCACGUAGCAGGUACCGCUUUUGUUUUAGCAAGAGAAGGAAUGGCCUCCCACUGUGAUAAGUAUCUAUCAGCAGUGAGAUUCUCAGUGUGUUUCAUGCUUAGGAAUCCAUUUAAAUCCUGUUACAGAGACAUGUUUUUUCUAUGAAUCAAUCCUACACUCUUAAGUGUAUCUGCCCUCUCCUCGCCAGGCUCAGUGGAUCUGACCUACUGUGACGUCCUGUAUAGAGACCUGUCUAAAGGCCUGGAGAGUCUGAUGCUGGAUAGUUUCCUCCACCUGGUCUACCUGGUAACACCCUAUGACAUGGUCUCCCAGUGCAAGCCUGAUUGGAUGAUCUACUUCAGACAGGUUAGAGCCCUUACAUUGCAUUCGGAAAGUAUUCAUACCCCUUGACUUUUUCCACAUUGUGUUACGUUACAGCCUUAUUCUAAAAUGGAUGACAUUGUUUUUCCCCCUCUUCAAUCUACACACAAUAACCCAUAAUGACAACGCAAAAACAGGUUUUUAGAAAUUUUAGCAAAGUAAAAAAAAUUACAAAGCUGAAAUAACACAUUUACAUAAGUAUUCAGACCCUUUACUCAGUACUUUGUUGAAGCACCUUUGGCAGCGAUUACAGCCUCGAGUCUUCUUGGGUAUGACGCUACAUGCUUGGCACACCCGUAUUUGGGGAGUUUCUCCUAUUCUUCUCUGAAGAUCCUCUCAAGCUCUGUCAGGUUGGAUGGGGAGCGUCGCUACACAGCUAAUUUCAGGUAUCUCCAGAGAUGUUUGAUCGGGUUCAUCUCCGGGCUCUGGCUGGGCCCCUCAAGGACAUUCAGAGACUUGGCCCGAAGCCACUCCUGCGUUGUCUAGGCUGUGUGCUUAGGGUUGUUGUCCUGUUGGAAGGUGAACCUUUGCCCCAGUCUGAGGUCCUGAGCACUCUGGAGCAGGUUUUCAUCAAGAAUCUCUCUGUACUUUGCUCCGUUCAUCUUUCCCUCGAACCUGACUAGUCUCCCAGUCCCUGCCGCUGAAAAACAUCCCCACAGCAUGAUGCUGCCACCACCAUGCUUCACCGUGGGGAUGGUGCCAGGUUUCCUCCAGACGUGACACUUGGCAUUCAGGCCAAAGAGUUCAAUCUUCGUUUCAUCAGUCCAGAGAAUCUUGUUUCUCAUGGCCUGAGAAUCUUGUUUCUCAUGGUCUGAGAGUCUUUAGGUGCCUUUUGGCAAACUCAAAGCGGGCUGUCAUGUGCCUUUUACUGAGGAGUGGCUUCCGUCUGGCCAUUCUACCAUAAAGGCCUGAUUGGUGGAAUACUGCAUAGAUGGUUGUCUUUCUGGAAGAUUCUCCCAUCUCCACAGAGGAACUCUGGAGCUCCUUCAGAGUAACCAUUGGGUUCUUGGUCACCUCCCUGACCAAGGCCUUUCUCCCCCGAUUGCUCAGUUUGGCGGCCAGCUCUAGAAAGAGUCUUGGUGGUUCCAAACUUCUUCCAUUGAAGAAUGAUGGAGGCCACUGUGUUCUUGGGGACCUUCAAUGCUGCAGAAAUUUUUUGGUGAUCUUCCCAAGAUCUGUGCCUCGAAAACAAUCCUGUCUCGGUGCUCUACGGACAAUUUCUUCGACCUCUGCUUGGUUUUUGCUCUGACAUGCACUGUCAACUGUGGGACCUUGUAUAGACAGGUGUGUGCCUUUCCAAAUCAUGUCCAAUCAAUUGAAUUUACCACAGGUGGACUCCAAUCAAGUUGUAGAAACAUCUCAAGGAUGAUCAAUUGAAACAGGAUGUACCUGAGCUCAAUUUUGAGUCUCUUAGCAAAGGGUCUGAAUACUUACAGUGAGGGAAAAAAGUAUUUGAUCUCCUGCUGAUUUUGUAUGUUUGCCCUCUGACAAAGAAAUGAUCAGUCUAUAAUUUUAAUGGUAGGUUUAUUUGAACAGUGAGAGACAGAAUAACAACAACAAAAUCCAGAAAAAUGCAUGUCAAAAAUUUUAUAAAUUGAUUUGGAUUUUAAUGAGGGAAAUAAGUAUUUGACCCCCUCUCAAUCAGAAAGAUUUCUGGCUCCCAGGUGUCUUUUAUACAGGUAACGAGCUGAGAUUAGGAGCACACUCUCUUAAAGGAAGUGCUCCUAAUCUCAUCUUGUUACCUGUAUAAAAGACACCUGUCCACAGAAGCAAUCAAUCAAUCAGAUUCCAAACUCUCCACCAUGGCCAAGACCAAAGAGCUCUCCAAGGAUGUCAGGGACAAGAUUGUAGACUUACACAAGGCUGGAAUGGGCUACAAGACCAUCGCCAAGCAGCUUGGUGAGAAGGUGACAACAGUUGGUGCGAUUAUUCGCAAAUGGAAGAAACACAAAAUAACUGUCAAUCUCCCUCGGCCUGGGGCUCCAUGCAAGAUCUCACCUCGUGGAGUUGCAAUGAUCAUGAGAACGGUGAGGAAUCAGCCCAGAACUACACGGGAGGAUCUUGUCAAUGAUCUCAAGGCAGCUGGGACCAUAGUCACCAAGAAAACAAUUGGUACCACACUACGCCGUGAAGGACUGAAAUCCUGCAGCGCCCGCAAGGUCUCCCUGCUCAAGAAAGCACAUAUACAGGCCCAUCUGAAGUUUGCCAAUGAACAUCUGAAUGAUUCAGAGGAGAACUGGGUGAAAGUGUUGUAGUCAGAUGAGACCAAAAUCGAGCUUUUUGGCAUCAACUCAACUCGCCGUGUUUGGAGGAGGAGGAAUGCUGCCUAUGACCCCAAGAACACCAUCCCCACCGUCAAACAUGGAGGUGGAAACAUUAUGCUUUGGGGGUGUUUUUCUGCUAAGGGGACAGGACAACUUCACCGCAUCAAAGGGACGAUGGACGGGGCCAUGUACCGUCAAAUCUUGGGUGAGAACCUCCUUCCCUCAGCCAGGGCAUUGAAAAUGGGUCGUGGAUGGGUACUCCAGCAUGACAAUGACCCAAAACACACGGCCAAGGCAACAAAGGAGUGGCUCAAGAAGAAGAACAUUAAGGUCCUGGAGUGGCCUAGCCAGUCUCCAGACCUUAAUCACAUGGAAAAUAUGUGGAGGGAGCUGAAGGUUCGAGUUGCCAAACGUCAGGCUCGAAUCCUUAAUGACUUGGAGAAGAUCUGCAAAGAGGAGUGGGACAAAAUCGCUCCUGAGAUUUGUGCAAACCUGGUGGCCAACUACAAGAAACGUCUGACCUCUGUGAUUGCCAACAAGAGUUUUGCAACCAAGUACUAAGUCAUGUUUUGCAGAGGGGUCAAAUACUUAUUUCCCUCAUUAAAAUACAAAUCAAUUUAUAACAUUUUUGACAUGUGUUUUCCUGGAUUUUUUUGUUGUUAUUCUGUCUCUCACUGUUCAAAUAAACCUACCAUUAAAAUUAUAGACUGUAUUUGUCAGUGGGAAAACUUACAAAAUCAGCAGGGGAUCAAAUACUUUUUUCCCUCACUGUAUGUAAAUAAGGUAUUUCUGUUUUUUAUUUUUUAUACAUUUGCAAACAUUUCUUAAACCUGUUUUCGCUUUGUCAUUAUAUGGUAUUGUGUGUAGAUUGAGGAGGAACACUAUUUAUUUAAUCAAUUUUAGAAUAAGGUUGUAACGUAAAAAAAAGUGGAAAAAGUAAAGGGGUCUGAAUACUUUUACGAAUGCACUGUAUAUGCUUCUUAAUUAUUAAAUGUUUUUGUUGUUGUUGUGCUUUUUGGUUUUCUACAUUAAACGUAGAUUGGUAGGUAAAAUACCUCAAUCUUUUUAGUUUUUAUGCAUUUUGGGUGUGUUUAUGGCUAUCUAUUAAAUCAUGAAAUGCAUGUAUUUUGUUUUGUGUAAGAGUUUGUCUCUUCUGUAGUAUUUAGUAGGCUCUUUACGAUACCAGUAUCUCGAAACUACGAUACCGGAUUUUCCAUCGCAAAGGAAAACACAAAGCAGACUAAACUCGUUGGUUUAAAAACCUUCUGUACAGUGGGGAAAAAAAGUAUUUAGUCAGCCACCAAUUGUGCAAGUUCUCUCACUUAAAAAGAUGAGAGAGGCCUGUAAUUUUCAUCAUAGGUACACGUCAACUAUGACAGACAAAUUGAGGGAAAAAAAUCCAGAAAAUCACAUUGUAGGAUUUUUUAUGAAUUUAUUUGCAAAUUAUGGUGGAAAAUAAGUAUUUGGUCACCUACAAAUAAGCAAGAUUUCUGGCUCUCACAGACCUGUAACUUCUUCUUUAAGAGGCUCCUCUGUCCUACACUCGUUACCUGUAUUGAUGGCACCUGUUUGAACUUGUUAUCAGUAUAAAAGACACCUGUCCACAACCUCAAACAGUCACACUCCAAACUCCACUAUGGCCAGGACCAAAGAGCUGUCAAAGGACACCAGAAACAAAAUUGUAGACCUGCACCAGGCUGGGAAGACUGAAUCUGCAAUAGGUAAGCAGCUUGGUUUGAAGAAAUCAACUGUGGGAGCAAUUAUUAGGAAAUGGAAGACAUACAAGACCACUGAUAAUCUCCCUCGAUCUGGGGCUCCACGCAAGAUCUCACCCCGUGGGGUCAAAAUGAUCACAAGAACGGUGAGCAAAAAUCCCAGAACCACACGGGGGGACCUAGUGAAUGACCUGCAGAGAGCUGGGACCAAAGUAACAAAGCCUACCAUAAGUAACACACUACGCCGCCAGGGACUCAAAUCCUGCAGUGCCAGACGUGUCCCCCUGCUUAAGCCAGUACAUGUCCAGGCCCGUCUGAAGUUUGCUAGAGUGCAUUUGGAUGAUCCAGAAGAGGAUUGGGAGAAUGCCAUAUGGUCAGAUGAAACCAAAAUAAAUGCUGAGUUGCAUCCAAAGAACACCAUACCUACUGUGAAGCAUGGGGGUGGAAACAUCAUGCUUUGGGGCUGUUUUUCUGCAAAGGGACCAGGACGACUGAUCCGUGUAAAGGAAAGAAUGAAUGGGGCCAUGUAUCGUGAGAUUUUGAGUGAAAACCUCCUUCCAUCAGCAAGGUCAUUGAAGAUGAAACGUGGCUGGGUCUUUCAGCAUGACAAUGAUCCCAAACACACCGACCGGGCAACAAAGGAGUGGCUUCGUAAGAAGCAUUUCAAGGUCCUGGAGUGGCCUAGCCAGUCUCCAGAUCUCAACCCCAUAGAAAAUAUUUGGAGGGAGUUGAAAGUCCGUGUUGCCCAGCGACAGCCCCAAAACAUCACUGCUCCAGAGGAGAUCUGCAUGGAGGAAUGGGCCAAAAUACCAGCAACAGUGUGUGAAAACCUUGUGAAGACGUACAGAAAACUUUGACCUGUGUCAUUGCCAACAAAGGGUAUAUAACAAAGUAUUGAGAAACUUUUGUUAUUGACCAAAUACUUAUUUUCCACCAUAAUUUGCAAAUAAAUUCAUUAAAAAUCCUACAAUGUGAUUUCCUGGAUUUUUCUUCCUCAAUUUGUCUGUCAUAGUUGACGUGUACCUAUGAUGAAAAUUACAGGCCUCUCUCAUCUUUUUAAGUGGGAGAACUUGCACAAUUGGUGGGCACUAAAUACUUUUUUUCCCCACUGUAUGUAAAAUAUUGUGUGCUAUAGCUUGGAAAAUAAACAUUUGAUUCUGGGUGAUAACAUAAGGCUGCUUGUUUCCAACAUUAGGACUGUUUUCCUCCGGAAAUUCGGUCCGCUUCAUGUUUUGUUUCCUUGCCACGAUACCACUGAAUAUCUGGUAUCGUGACAACCCUAGUAUUUAGUACAACAAUUAUUGUGUAAAAUAGUUUUUUUGCUCAUCAAUUCCAGUUCACAAUGUUGUCAGCUGCGGAGCAAAAGAUGUGUGCAGCAGUUGGAGUGUCUGAGAGUUUCGUUGCUAGAAAGGCUGCGGGCCAGAAUGUGAAGAAGGUAAGAAUAUUCAAUAUCUUAAAUACUGUUAUAACAAUAGUGUAAUAUUUUCACAUUUCCCUAGGUUGAGAGAUUAUCAUUGGCUUUAAAGAUGCGCUAUGCAGAAAUCGCUCUGCCAUUUCCUGGUUGCUAAAAUUCGAAUAGUUUGCCUAAUUUCAGUUAGUGACAAAACAAGCAAGUAUAGUGUAGAGAAUCAUUGUACCAUCUAAACCGCUGUGAAAUAACUUAUCCAUAACAAAAAUUUUUGUAUUUUCUUUGUAAUUUCAGCUGUUUUAAAUUAAAAACGAAACUUAAGAAUGGGAAGCAUAGAAAUAGCGCACAUUGAACAGAUCUACCACUUCUUAGACUUGCUUUCAAUGAGAAUGACAGAUGUUUACCACACAUUUCUAUGUCAAUUUGGUUGGGUCGCCCAAAAAGUUACAUAUUGCAGCUUUAAAUCCCUGUCGUUUUUAAGGGGCCUUAUACUUGAAUAGGUUGUCUUAAAACCAUUAUUUAGUUCAUCUUUAGAUUAAUCCUCUUGUGUUUCUGUCGAUUUCCCCCCCCACUGUAUCCCCUAGAUGAGAUAAUAGAAGAUAAUGAACCGUAAAUCUCUUGUGAUGGGAAUUCAAAUCUGCUCUCAACUGUGAUCAUUGAUAUAAUACUGUAAUGAGCCAAACAGUCAAUGAGCCAUUCUUUUGUACUAUGAUGUCCUUCCUACAGUAGGAGGAAUAAUUAUAUUUCUAUGGUCCUUUCACUAUGCUCUCUUCCCCAGAAUGUGGACCCGGUGGUGGUGAGCCGGCUAUACCUGGCCCUGGUGCUGCUGUCAGCGCUGAAGGAGACUGACCUGUGGAGCGUGGCCGACAGGUUCCUGCUCAGCCGGGGCUUCAUCCAGACACUGCUCAGCUCCUCCUCAGCCUUCUGCUCCUGCGUGCUGCACUUCACAGAGGUAGCUACCAGUAUAGAGGCACACUGAGUGUACAAAACAUUAAGAACACCUGCUCUUUCCAUGACAGACUGACCAGGUGAAUCCAGGUGAAAGCUAUGAUCCCUUAUAGAUGUCACUUGUUAAAUCCACUUCAAUCAGUGUCGAUGAAGGGGAGGAGACAGAUUAAAGAAGGAUUUAUUUUUAAGCCUAGAGACAAUAGAGAUAUGGAUUGUGUAUGUGUGCCAUUGAGGGUGGGGGGGCGGCAGCAACUCAAUAUUAGUAAGGUGUUCCUAAUCAAAUCAAAUUGUAUUUCUCACAUGCGCCGAAUACAACAGGUGUAGACCUUACCGUGAAAUGCUUACUUACAAGCCCUUAACCAACAAUGCAGUUUUAAGAAAAAUAAGAGUUAAGAAAAUAUUUACUAAAUAAAAUAAAGUAAAAUAAAGUAACACAAUAAAAUAACAAUAACUAGACUAUAUAUACAGGGGGUACCGGUACCGAGUCAAUGUCCGGGGGUAUAGGUUAGUCGAGGUAAUUGAGGUGAUAUGUACAUGUAGGUAUGGGUAAAGUGACUGCAUAGAUAAUAAACAGUGAGUAGCAGCAGUGUUUAAAAAGGGGGGAGGGGGGAUGCAAAUAGUCCGGGUAGCCAUUUGAUUAGCUGUUCAGCAGUCUUAUGGCUUGGGGGUAGAAGCUGUUAAGGAGGCUUUUGGACCUAGACUUGGCACUCCGGUACUGCUUGCCGUGUGGUAGCAGAGGGAACAGUCUAUGACUAGGGUGGCUGGAGUCUUUGUCAAUUUUUAGGGCCUUCCUCUGACAACGUCUGGUAUAGAGGUCCUGGAUGGCAGGAAGCUUGGCUUGUGGUUGGAUGCCAAGCAGUUGUCAUACUGGGCCGUACGCACUACACUCUGUAGUGCCUUGCAGUCGGAUGCCAAGCAGCUGCCAUACCAGGCGGUGAUGCAACCAGUCAGGAGGCUCUCGAUGGUGCAGCUGUAUAACCAUUUGAGAAUCUGAGGACCCAUGCCAAAUCUUUUCAGUCUCCUGAGGGAGAAUAGGCGUUGUUGUGCCCUCUUCACGACUGUCUUGGUGUUUUUGGACCAUGAUAGUUUGUUGGUGAUGUAGACACCAAGGAACUUGAAGAUUUGCUCCACUACAGCCCCGUUGAUGAGAAUGGGUGCGUGCUUGUAAAUAAGUUACAAACAACACGAAAAAAGGAGCCCGUAAAACGGCAGCCAUCCCCUCCGGCACCAUUCUGAUGUUUGGUUUACUCAGUGAAUAUGAUGUCAUUGGGUACCAGGCCAGCUAAAUAUAACUGUAUCUUUGUCCCUCAUGUCAGUGUUUCAUGAAAAUGGUUCCAUGUCCUAUGCUUGAUUAUCAUAAGAACAUUGAGAUUUCAUCUAAGUGUAACGGCUUGGGGUUACUGCAAACACUUCUCAGUACUAAGAAUAGCUCUUAAGUUUUGUCUGUUCUAUGCCUUCCAUUUUGACCCCACUGAUCUUACUGUGUCCUCUCUCUCUCUUAUCAGGAGCUGGAGGAGUUCUGGCCCUUCAACGCUCUCCUGACUGAGCUGACCCGCAGGCUGACCUACUGUGUCAAGGCCGAGCUCAUCCCUCUCAUGGAGGUAGCAGGAGUCAUGGAGGUCAGACUUAAAAAAAAAUCUCUAUUCAUUUUGUUGGCAUUAUAGCAUCCUUAAAAUGGUGACAAUGUCCUACUUACAUGUCAACAAAAGGCCAAAAAAACAUAUCCACAUCUUGGUAUCCAGUUAUAAGAGCGAUUAUCUUAGCCAAGGUAUUCAGGCAUUGUUCCAGAUGUUUUUUUGCAUGCUGUAACCUUUAUCUGCUUUUGACAGGGAAGAGCGAAGCAGCUGUACAAUGCUGGAUAUAAGACACUGGCUCAUCUGGCCAACGCUGACCCAAACGUUCUUGUCAAGACUGUGGAGAACCUCUUCAAGAAGCAAGCCAAUCAGAUUGUUGCUUCUGCAAAAGUACGACUGUUGUCAAAUGCUUAGUAUACGCACAAUUGUUUACAUCCUAAAUCCAUAUAAAGUAAAUAAAACAUUGAAUAUCGUAGAAAAUGGGAUUGUGAUGCGACAUGACGAGCAUUUACUCUGUUUCAGAUGCUGCUGAAUGAGAAAGCUGAUGCACUUCAGGAGGAGGUGGAUGACUUGUUGAUGAUGCCUCUUGAUCCCCCCUCUUUGUAAAUAUGUUGCUGGGGUGGAUUUAUUUAGUAAAGAUUACUUUUAUAUGGCCUGGUGUGUUAAUAUUGUUUAUGGUGGUGUAUCAUAUUGUUUAUAGUUUAUGGGAGUGCUAUUAAAACAAUGUGUAUCUCUAUAUUUUUUGUGAUAAUGUGGAAGAUUUCUU